GUUUUAGUCACUUUUAUACCCGGUUAUCCAUAUAUUUGCACACGAUCAAAACAUUUUCUUAUUGCGCAUUUGUUGUUGGAAGUAUUUGUACGAAUUAAUUAAGAGAUUUUGUUGAAACUAGACAUGCACGGAUUACUCUUUCUCUUUGUCAUGGCACUGAUGCUAUGUACUAUACACGGAAAUCCAAACAUUACGAAAGUCACAUGUAAAGCCGGACCAGAAUACACCUUUACAACUGAAGGGCAAACUGACGAUGGUGUUAUUUUUGUCAGUGGCGUGUGUGCAUCAAAAACAACAGCUACAACAAUCUUUGAAUAUACAUUUGCAGAUGGCGAUUGUGGUGGUUCUGCCCCGGCACUGGGAAGCGAAAUGAAAGUAGUAGUACAAGAAAUUGAAGACAUCAACUUAGGGAGUGACUUCAUCGCUAUAAUUAAUUGUAGCCUUGACACAGAUCCAGUUAUAAAAGAAGUGUCUGCAGACACAGCAGGAGGCGAUGCAGAGACAAUAGAUGCCACAGUCAAACCAACGUUCGCGAUUCAAAUGGUAGGACGGGGAACUACUGCUCCAGUAGCUUCGGGAGAAAUUGGCAUGCCUGUGGACAUUAAACUGGAAAUGGAUGCUGAUUACCAAAAUACAUUCAUGUUCCAGAUCGAAAAGCUUGAGGUACAAACAUCGUCUGCCUCUACAGAUGUGAUUUCAAAUGGGUGUACGGAUGCGAAGUAUAAAGAUGUUGUCUUUCCACAACCGGGUCCACCUACAGCUACAGAUAUGACCUUUUCAUUUAAACUAUUUUUGCCAUCGAAUACAUCUGGCGCUACUCCUGUGGUCCAGGGUAAAACUGCCAUCACUGUGACAUACACUUUUACAAUCCAAGUAUGUGUUCCUGACCAGUGUGUAGCGCUUUGCACAUCCCGUCGGCGUAGAAGUGUUGACCAAACAAACUCCACAAUCGAGACGGUACAGUACGCAACCUCUGUGACCAUAUACCCUCCAGGUCAGAGGAGAGUGACGAACCAACCAAAAACCAACACAGACACAAACACCAACGUGUGUUUAGCCCAGGCAUCCUUCUAUGCUCUCGCUGUUUCCCUCCUAGCCGCCCUCGCCGUCUGCAUAGGCAUCAGUGCAUGCAUGUGUUAUCGUCUGAAAAAUAAGCCUGGCUACAUGGACAAGGAUGCAUCUUACAAGAACAAGGCAUUUAGUUAUUGAGACUGUAGUGAAGAAGAAAAUAGUUGCUUCAAGAAAAAAACUACUCCAGCUGUGUGUUUUUCCUCAUAAACAAUCUAUCAUUUUAUUAUAUAUGUAAACAUUUUCUAUCUGAAAUUCAGCCUAUAAUUCACUAAAUACGAAGCCCUUUAUUUAAAUAGUUCACCGUUCUAAACGAGUUUUCAUUUGUAUUUGUCUAAAGCUAUAGUAUAUCUAGACUUUUUUUAUUCUAUAUAACGGCAUAAAUAACUGUAUGUGUGUAACAAACAAACGAAAUGGGUCAUUAAAGCAGCACCUUCAUCUGCAAUCUAAAUGCAUUUGACUGUCGUGGAUUUUGCCAGACCGAAACCGCUUCGUGGGAUCCAGGUCAGGCAAAAUCCAAUCAAACCGAAUACAACAUUGCAGAUCAAGGUACCACAGUAAUAACCAUAUUCUAUUAUAAUUUUCUCAGUAAAAUAUGUAAAUAGCUAUUUUGGGAGCACAAAAUGCAGCGAAGCAAAACAAUAACAGACUCGGCUUGAUUGAGUCGAUAAUAAAAUGUGCAAAACCUCACACGCCCCCUAGCACCGGCUUAAACAGAACUCUUUUAUAGAUAUUGAUUGCACUACGUGAUCCCAAAGGACCAGGACAUCUAACAUCACUCAAUUCAAGUGCGAGGUUUUCGAGUUUAAUUUCUUAAUAUUCAUCUAAUUUCCUACAUUCGUGGUUUAUUAUGUACAGUGUUAGUAAUUCCAUGUACAUGUACAUCUUGAAAUGCAUAUAUAUUUUUAAGUUUCGUUGCUAAUUACUGGAAUUUAGAAGUGAAAAAGUUUCUUGUUCACGUUAGCACGCACAAAACACGCACACAAUACAUAAGCUUACAUAUAACCAGGAGAAUCUAUUAUACGUUUCUGUUUUUCAUUUGUUAGUUUUUCAUUCGUUUUCGUGCUAUGUUUUUUGUAAAACAUCACUGUUUUAUAGCAAUAUACUAUCUACAACUGCGACUAUCGCAACGGCAAUGACAGACCUCUGUUGUAUAACUUACGUAUAAGUUGUCCUUUACCAAUCAUGAAUACAAAGGUUUUGAUAAUGAUACUCGAAAUUUAAAACAGAAUUCCUUUUAAAAAAUAGUGAAACUGCCUGACUCGCGACUUCCGAGGGAUCUACUUUCCGGAUUAUAUUCAUAUAAUUAUAGGCCAAAUUUUCUUUACGUCUCUCUGAAACGCUCGUAUGGCGAUAUUGUUAUUUUUUCAAUUAUUGUUUUAAAUAUUGAUAUUUUUAUCAUGUAUUGAUUUGCUUAUCUUUUAUAUGCCUGAUUUUCUUUGUAUUGUUAUUCUAACAUUAUCCCUAAACUAUCAUACUAUAACUUUUCAUGAAAGGAGAAGUUAGAGGUAUUUUCUAACGUGUUUCUUAACAGUUUCUUGAUUAAAAGAAUUUAAUCAGUACAUUUAAUUUUGACUUGAAGCUAAACCUACAGUAAACCGAUACAAGAAAUCUUUGCAAAUGAAAUACAUUGAAAAAUGAACGAGAUAAAUAUAUCAAUUAAAUUUAGAAUUAAACAUGAUUUUACUACUAUAUUUUUCAGUAGUAACUUUCAUAGAAAGAAAACAAACUUCUUUUUACUCUUGAACGAGGGAUAAUUGAUAUACAUUUUAUGUGCAUAGGGUAUUUAUUGGUUUGUAAACAAGAAAUGUUAUUAUCUUAUUGAUCAAUUUCAUAUCACUUUGCUUAAAUACUUUUACCCAGGCCCCCUCCCUACCCCACCAACCCCAGUCGGCUGAGAAGUAACUUACUCUCAUCAAAGAUGCACCCAACUAUUUUGGCAAAGAAUCGAUAUUGUCUCAUAAUUUAGACCCAAACCUGCCCCCAGAGACCACCAUUUCAUAGCUAUAUUUCAAAAGUUUCCAGGGGAGACCCACUGCCUUAGCUAAAUCGAGAGAGAUAUCCCCUCGUGUACCUCAAAAUUUAGACCAAAAAAUGCACCAGAAGCCAUCAUUUCGAACCUAUAUUUCAAACAUAUCUACGGGAGAUUACUUUAACCCCCUAACAGGAGCGGAGUACCCUCUCCCGUACUUCAAAAUUUAGACCCAAAUCUGCGCCAGAGGCCACUAUUUCAUACAUGUAUUUAACAAAUUUCCAGGGGGUGACCCAUUGAGCCGCCUAAUAGGAGGGAGUAUCCAGUCGCCUGUCACAUAAUUUAGAACCAAAAAGGCACCAGGAGCCGCCAUUUAUACCAAUAUUUCAAAAAUUUCAGGUUAGAGGCUCCCCUGACCAUCUCUAACAGGAGGAUUUGGGACCUUCUCCUGUACUCUAAAAUUUAGACCAAAAACUACAACAGAGUCCGCCAUUUCAUACCUAUAUUAAAACAAAAAUCCUUUGGGAGAUCCCCUAUCACAAGGGGAUACCCUCUUCCGGGAUAACCCCACUCAGCGCUAUGCGCCUCAACGAUGACGCAUUCGUUCUAAACUGGUGCCCGCAAUCAAAUUCUUCUGGAUCCGGGAAUGUACCCUCUCUUUACUUUUCAUGUAAAUACAAAUGUCCAUUGUAAUAUAGACUGAGGAAAAAAAGAUUUACAUUGUUUUUGUACAUGGGGUAUUUAUAGGUUUGUAAACCAGAAAAUGAAUUAUCUUAUUAAUUUCAUAUCACUUUGUUCAAAUGAUUUGUUCAUAAUUAAUAAACUGUACCUAUACCAAG